AACAUACGGCAACAUUAAAAGUGGAAUGUGUAUGUCAAAGUAAAUUUAACUUUCGCGCUGUCAUCUCGAAUUUAUAAAACAUAUGAGAUAAGACGUAACUUCAAAAAGUGUGUGUAGAAUAUUUCGUGUCGUUCAAUUAAAAGUUUUAUAUUAUAAAAAUGUUAACACGUCUCUUGCGCCAUCGUGGCGUAGUCCGUAAGUUUUCAACUCUUACUCCGUAUGAGAGUUAUGCUGCCCGCCAGGUUUUAAUAAAUAAAACAAAAGUGAUACCAAAUCGUUUCGCCGGCGCAGCAGCACAAAUUUACGCUAGAAACUAUGCCUCUAAAAAAGACGAUGAUGAUGAAAUAACCGUGCACGAGGUCGAAGAAUAUCAACCUAAAGACCCACAGUUACCCGCAACAGUAGCAGUACCAGAUGUUUGGCCACAUUUGCCAAUUUUAUUAACUAGACGUAAUCCUGUGUUUCCAAGAUUUAUGAAAAUUAUGGAAGUCACGCAUCCAAUGCUAGUUGAUUUAAUACGCCGUAAGGUCAAACUAAGCCAACCCUACGUUGGUGUAUUUUUAAAAAAGGAUAGUGAAAACGAAAGUGAAACAAUUAAUAAACUGGACGAUGUCUACAGCGUUGGUACCUUUGCACAAAUUCAAGAAAUUCAGGACUUAGGUGAUAAAAUACGUAUGGUUGUAGUCGCGCAUAGACGUAUAAAAAUUACUGGCCAACUAAUUGAAGAUUUUCCCACUCCUAAACCAAAGAAAAUGACGACAUUGAAAUUUCCAAUCUUUAAUAUAAACUUGAACAUCCCAGCUGAAGACAAAACGUCUGAAAUUGAAAAACGAAAGGCAGGACGUAAAAGUAGACUCAGUCGAGCACGAAAUGAAAAAGGUGAUGCCGCUAAAGCUAGUGAUUCAAAAACAGAUCCAACUACUACAACGUCCAAAACUGAAACUACUAAACCUCCGACUGCUGCUACUACACCGCCAGCACCAACUAAGCCACCAGCACCAACAACGCCUCCUGCACAACCCUCAGCACCAGAACAGAAGACAACAUCGACUUCGGCUGCUGAUAAGAAAAAAGAUGAAAGUUCUGCAGCUGGUGCACAGAAACCAGUGGCACAACCUGUGCCACCUGUACUAAUGGUUGAAGUUGUUAAUGUUACUCAUGACGCGUACAAACCCACAGAAGAAGUAAAGGCUUUAACUCAAGAAAUUAUUAAAACGAUUCGGGAUAUUAUAACUAUGAAUCCACUUUAUAGAGAAAGUUUGCAACAAAUGCUACAUCAAAAUCAACGAGUUGUUGAUAACCCAGUGUAUUUAUGUGAUUUAGGAGCAUCAUUAUCUGCUGGUGAACCAGAGGAGCUACAGUUAAUAAUGGAAGAAAUGGAUAUUCCUAAAAGAUUGAUGCUAGCCUUGGGUCUUCUGAAAAAGGAAUUAGAAUUAUCUAAAUUGCAAAUUAAAAUUGGCCGUGAAGUAGAGGAAAAGGUAAAACAACAGCAUCGUAAAUAUAUUUUACAAGAACAACUUAAAGUUAUAAAAAAAGAGCUUGGAAUUGAAAAAGAUGAUAAAGAUGCAAUCGGUGAAAAAUAUCGUGAGAAAUUGAAAGACAAAAAAAUUCCAGAAAAUGUUAUGAGUGUAAUCGAAGAAGAAUUAACUAAGCUAAAUUUCCUAGAAAGUCACAGUUCUGAGUUUAAUGUAACGCGUAAUUAUUUGGAUUGGUUAACAUCACUGCCUUGGGGUGUCACAAGUGUAGAGAAUUUAAGCCUGGAUGAAGCUUCAAAGAUACUUGAUGCCGAUCAUUAUGGUAUGGAAGACAUUAAAAAACGCAUAUUGGAAUUUAUUGCUGUAAGUCAUUUGAAAGGUGGUACACAAGGUAAAAUAUUAUGCUUCCAUGGGCCUCCCGGUGUUGGUAAAACUAGUAUAGCGCGUUCAAUUGCACGUGCUCUUAAUAGGGAAUAUUUCCGAUUUAGUGUUGGAGGUAUGACCGAUGUAGCUGAAAUCAAAGGACAUAGACGAACAUAUGUUGGUGCUAUGCCUGGUAAACUGAUUCAAUGUCUGAAAAAAACCAAAACCGAAAAUCCUUUAGUGCUUAUUGAUGAAGUGGAUAAAAUUGGAAAAGGUUAUCAAGGUGACCCAAGUUCUGCUUUAUUAGAACUUCUUGAUCCAGAACAGAACGCUAAUUUCUUAGAUCACUAUUUGGAUGUACCGGUUGACUUAUCGCAUGUUCUUUUUAUUUGCACUGCCAAUAUAACAGAAACAAUACCAGAACCGUUGCGUGAUCGUAUGGAAUUAAUUGAGAUGUCAGGUUAUGUAGCAGAAGAGAAACUAGCUAUAGCACGUCAAUAUUUAAUACCACAAGCUAUGCUCAAUUGCGGUCUAAAUGAAACACAAGUAUCUAUAAGUGAUGAUGCGCUAACUACACUGAUAAAAAGUUAUUGUCGCGAAUCAGGUGUCAGGAAUUUACAAAAACACAUUGAAAAGGUAGUUCGCAAAAUUGCUUAUAAAAUUGUUAAAAAAGAAAGUACAGAAUUUAAAGUUGAUAGUGAAAAUUUAACUACAUUCCUUGGUAAACAUAUAUUCUCAUCCGAGCGUAUGUAUAAAGAAACCCCGCCAGGCGUUGUAAUGGGUUUAGCUUGGACGGCAAUGGGUGGAUCAUCACUUUUCAUUGAAACUGCCAAACGAAAAACAAUUCCUUUGUUAAAAGAUGAACAAGCGGGUACGAUACACCUGACAGGUAACUUGGGUGAAGUUAUGAAGGAAUCUGCACAAAUCGCGUUAACUGUAGCCCGCAACUUCUUACGUGAGAAAAACGAUACUAACAAUUUUCUAGAAAAUAGUCAUAUUCACUUACACGUACCUGAAGGUGCUACCCCUAAAGAUGGGCCUAGUGCCGGCGUUACUAUUGUUACUGCCCUUAUGUCGUUAGCUUCAAAUCAACCUGUACGCCAAAAUAUUGCAAUGACUGGUGAGGUUUCAUUAAAAGGCAAAGUAUUACCAGUUGGUGGAAUCAAGGAAAAAACUAUUGCUGCCAAACGUAGUGGUGUCACAUGUAUUAUACUUCCUGAAGAAAAUAAGAAAGACUACGCUGAACUACCAUCAUUCAUUACAGACGGAAUGGAAGUGCAUUUUGCUGCCACAUAUGAAGAUGUUUAUAAAAUCGCCUUCACAGAACUUAAAUAAAAAAUAUUUAACGAUAAAUUAAUGCAAAGCAUUAGUAUAAAAAACUCAUUUUUAAAUAAUAAGUAAAGGUUAAUUGUUUAUAUUUCUAGUUACAAUUUUUUUGUAAGCCUAAA